UUUUCAUCAACAGCCGCCAUCUUGUGAGGAUUGGUCCGAAGUUUUCAUUUUUUAAUCACGAAAAUAACAUAAAUUUGGAUUUAUAGUAGAAUUAUUUUAAUAAAAGUGUGUACAUGGAAGUUCAAUCAACGUUCUGAGUCCAAAAAAGGAUAUCUUGGACAGUUAUUUCAUGAAUUGAGAGGAUAAUUCCAAACGUGUCCCCGGCUUUGUAUUGGAAAUUGAAGUGCGAUUUAUUUGGAAAAUCAGAAAAACGUAAAACAUAAAAAAUGUGGAUUAUCAAAACUUUUCUGUUAAACACUGGCUGAAUAGUGUCAUUUAUCGUCAAUUUCAUUGAGAUGGAUUGAAAACUUAAAAGUUUCUAAGUCUUAUUUUUGGAAUUGUUCGAUUCCAAAGAGAAAAUGGCUGACACAGGAGAUGGACCCCCAAACAAGAGACAGAAACUGCAGUCUCCAGCAUUGACUCCAAGUGGUAGCGAGACAGAGUUUAAUAUGCUGUUAGCAGAUCUGCCAGACGAAUUGAUGAGUACUGAUAAUGGUACACUCAAUGGAACAGAUAUGUUGCAGUCCCACCAAGAUAGUGCUAGUCAUCGGCAUCAGCAGUUGUCGCAGUUGCUUGCCAAUGUGUCAACUCCAUCAAGCAGUGGUGUGAACAGUGGUUUGCCAAAUUCAAACAUGAACAUGACUAAUUCUGCAUUGAAUAAUGCUGUGAAAAGUCCAUUAUCCAACAACUUACAGUCGCCACCCCACGGACUUGUGCAAAACAAGCAAGGAAUGCCAUCUUCAUCAUACUAUUCAUCAGAUAAUAACACAUAUGUUUCAAACAGUUCUUCAUUUUCAUUAGCAAACUCCACUUCAUCUACAUUAUCAUCAGUGCCAAUGUCAAUUCCCAACAAUAUGUUAAAUUCCAUGUCAAUGUCAUCCCUUAGUGUGAACAGUAUACCACAUCCUCAAAAUCAAAUGCUUAAUGGACCUCAGUAUUCAAUGAGUGGAAUGCGCCAGCAACGUGGACUAAUGAUUCCCAACUCUGGGGGUGCUAUGUCACAAGGAAUGGGCAACAUGGGCUUGUCCCAGCAGAACAUGAUUGGAGCGCUGAACAAUCCUCAGAUGACGAGGCAACCAAUGGACCACGCAGGCAUGGUCUCAAAUACACAGCAGCAAAUGAUGAAGCCCAAUGGGCCUGUGGGUGGUGGUGGUGGGUAUGGGUAUAACCAAGUACCCCCUGGUUCAGUCGGAGGCCAGCACCAGAUGCAGUUACCUUCAUCCAACUACAAUACAAACAACAAUCCUUCAACUGUCCUAUCCUCCAUGACCUCACCACCACACAGCAUGUCAGCCCUAAACCCUACCAGUCAGCAGAUUCCCCAGAACCAGCCAGUAGCCCACACUGGUGUGCCCGGUACUCAGGGAGCUGCUGGCUCCCAGGCACAAGGGGCCCAGCCCCAGUCUGCAGACCCAGAGAAACGCAAACUUAUCCAGCAGCAAUUGGUCUUGCUACUUCACGCUCACAAGUGUCAGCGGCGUGAGCAGAGCAAUGGUGAGGCGUGCACCCUGCCACACUGCAGAACCAUGAAGAAUGUGCUGAACCACAUGACCACUUGUAGUGCUGGCAAGUCAUGUCAAGUUGCUCACUGUGCUUCAUCAAGGCAGAUAAUCACCCACUGGAGAAACUGCUUGCGACAGGACUGUCCGGUGUGCUUACCACUAAAGCACGCCUCUGAUCGCCAGAAACAGCCUGUGGCAGUAGCAGCAGCAGGCGCAGCACAGGCUAGCCCGGCUGUGAGUACUGGUCCGCAGGCGACAGUGAGUGCAGCUACCCCACAAAUCCCCUCCAACAUGAAUGAGGCACAGAUGCAGAAGGCAUACGCUGCCCUAGGACUCACUUUCAAUGGGAUACAGGCUUCCACCUCCAGGCCUGGACAACUCAGUAAUCAAGUGAACCUAGGUUUGAAUCCGGGCCAGCCAGCGCAGGUGGGUAACUCCAAUCCAACCCUGAACUCCCUCACUGCUGUGGGUGGGUUGAAUGCCACAGAUGGGCUGCAGAUUGUGGCACAGACAAACAAAGGCACAAAACAGUGGCACGAGAGUGUCACCCAGGAUCUCAGAAAUCAUCUUGUCUAUAAAUUGGUUCAAGCAAUAUUCCCCACUCCAGAUCCAGCUGCAUUAAAGGACAGAAGGAUGAACAAUCUUGUUGCAUAUGCAAGAAAAGUGGAAGGGGACAUGUAUGAAACAGCCAAUAGUAGAGAGGAAUAUUACCACUUUUUGGCGGAGAAGAUCUACAAAAUCCAGAAAGAGUUGGAGGAGAAGCGUAUCCGUCGCCGUGAGGAACAACACAAGCAGCAGGGUGCAGGGACAGAUGUGCCAGGAAUGAGCCCAAUCAGGCCUAAUGCUCAAACCAAUGGUCCAAUGUCUAACCCUAUGUCCAACUUGCCUGGUGACCUGUUUGGAAACCAGACCAGCAUAGCAACCCCUGGUAUGGGCCCCAGAAUGCCUGCCAUGCAGCCGGGACCCAGUCGAACCACACCUCCACUUAUGAACCUACCAUCGAACCCACCACAAAUGAACCCUGGUCUUAACACUCAGCAGUUUGAACCCAUGGGUGCACGCAUGCCAGGCCAGAUGAUGAACCACACUCAACAACCACAGACACAGCAGCAAAUGCAGCACCUUCAGCAUCAGCUAGGCCAACAGGCACAGAAUCCCAACAUGCUCGCCAACAAGAUGCGGCAAGUCACACCAGGGAUGAUGCCUGGAGCACAGAUGGGCGCCAUGCAGUCUGCCUCACCCCAGGGACUCCCCGCUAGUAACAGCCUGGCAACUAUGGCUAAUAGGUCGUCAGUGGAUACUCUAGUGUCGACAAUGCCGUCAGCUUACACUGCUACAUCUUCAUUACCAAACAAUAUCAACAUGGAUGGCAUGUCUUCUCUGACUGGUGGCCAGGACAAGAAGAUGGUGAAGCUGGAAGGCACAUUAGAUGUGAACACUCAACCCCAGAGCCUGUCUGAGGUACUGUCCUCGCCCCUCCCCUCCUCUGAGCAGGGCCAUACGAUCUCCACGCCGUUCCCUGCCUCCAAUUCCCUCAACAGCACCAUCCCCAUGGACAUCAAGACAGAAAUCAAGACAGAGAUUAAGACUGAGGUGAAGCAAGAGCCUGGUAUGCGGUCAGUGAAAGAGGAGCUGACCAGUCUGGACACUGGUGGGGUGUCCACACCCAAGACGGAGCCCCUGGACUCUGGUGAGGACAUGAAGUCCAGCCCCAUGGACACCAGCCAGCCCUCAGGCACCACCCCAGUACCCUCACCUGCACAGCUCAAACCUCCUAGGUCAAAGAAAAGAUAUCUAUCUGAGCUGGGCUGGAAAAUGUUGUAUCGACAAGACCCAGAAUCUCUGCCUUUCAGGCAGCCGGUGGAUCCUGUGGCUCUCCAGAUACCAGAUUACUAUGAAAUUGUACGAAAGCCAAUGGAUCUGUCAACUAUAAAGCGUAAACUGGACACUGGUCAGUACAAGGAACCCUGGGAGUAUGUGGACGAUGUGUGGCUCAUGUUCGACAAUGCCUGGGUCUACAAUAAGAAGUCCUCACGAGUCUACAAAUACUGUACUAAGUUAUCUGAGGUUUUUGAGCAAGAAAUCAACAGUGUGAUGCAAUCCCUGGGCUACUGUUGUGGCAUCAAGCAGUCCUUCAGUCCGCAGGUGCUCUGUUGCUAUGGCAAGCAGCUGUGUACGAUUCCUAGAGAGGCUGUGUACUUCUCCUACCAAAAUAAGUCAAGUACGCUUCUCUCCGAUAGAUACACCUACUGCGAAAAGUGUUUCCUUGACAUUCCGGGAGACAUUGUAGAUCUUAUGGACGACCCUUCACAACCCAUUGAGAAAGUACCAAAAAGUCAUUUUGAAAAGAUGAAGAAUGACUUGCUGGAAAUGGAACCAUUUGUUGACUGUGAAGAAUGUGGAAGGAAACUUCAUAAAAUCUGUGUGCUACAUUUUGAACCCAUUUGGAACAACGGGUUUGUCUGUGAAAACUGCUUGAAAGCAAAAGGCGCGAAACGGAAAGAAAACAAAUAUUCUGCAAAAAGGUUGCCUGGCUCCAAGCUGGGAAACUAUUUGGAGAAUCGUAUCAACACCUUCUUAAAGAAGAAAGAUGCCGGUGCUGGUGAAGUUUUUAUUAAAGUGCUAUCUUGUUUAGACAAAGUUUGUGAGGUGCGGCCAGAAAUGAAAGCCAAGUUUGUGGACAAUGGUGAAUUUCCGGAGACGUUUAACUUCAAAGCAAAGUCCAUGUUUGUGUUUGAGGAGAUAGAUGGAGUGGAUGUCUGCUUUUUUGGCAUGCAUGUGCAGGAAUAUGGCUCUGAGUGUCCAUUUCCUAACACAAGGCGGGUGUACAUCUCCUAUCUGGACAGUGUGCACUUCUUUCAACCGCGACAACUGCGUACAGCAGUAUACCAUGAGCUUCUUAUUGGCUACCUGGAGUAUGCGAAGUCAAUGGGCUACGUGUGGGCUCACAUCUGGGCUUGCCCACCCAGUGAGGGAGAUGAUUACAUCUUCCACUGUCACCCACCCGAGCAGAAGAUUCCCAAACCCAAGAGGCUGCAGGAAUGGUACAAGAAGAUGCUGGAUAAGGCUCUUAUUGAACGAAUUGUUAUAGACUAUAAGGAUAUAUACAAAGACUCGAUAGAGAACAAUGUUAGCAAGGUGACAGACCUGCCCUACUUUGAGGGUGACUUCUGGCCCAACGUGCUGGAGGAUGUGAUUAAGGAGCAGGGCCAGGAGGAGGAGGAGAAGCGUCGUCGGGAGGAGGCCGAGGCCCUCGCAGCGGAGGCUGAUGGCUCCACAGGGGCAGAUGAGGGAGAGGAGACGACCAUCGUGGAUGCUCACGGGAAAAAGAAAGGGAAAAGUCAGAAGAAAAAGAACAACAAGAACAAGAACAGCCAAAGGAAGGCGAACUGCAAGAAACUCAAUCUUCCAGCUGGUGGAAAUGAUCUCACUCAAAAACUAUACUCUACCAUGGAAAAACAUAAAGAGGUAUUCUUUGUGAUUCGGCUGACCACUCAGCAGGCUGCUGCCAAUCUGCCGCCCAUCCAUGACCCUGACCCUCACAUGAGCUGUGAGCUGAUGGAUGGCCGUGACAACCUGCUCACCCUGGCGCGGGACAAGCACUACGAGUUCUCGUCACUGCGGAGAGCCAAGUUCUCCUCCAUAGCUCUGCUCUAUGAGCUGCAUAAUCAGGGAAAGGAAAGCUUCGUGUACACCUGCAACAACUGCGAGGCACAGGUGGAGACGCGAUGGCACUGUUCCGUCUGCACGGACUUUGACUUGUGCAACAACUGUUACCAAAAAGAUGGCCAUAAUCACAAGAUGGACCGGCUGGGUCUCGACCUGGAUGAUGGGUCUUCCGGUGGUGACAAGCAAGAUCCUCAAGAGAAUCGCAAACAGUCUAUUCAGCGGUGUAUUCAGUCGCUGGUUCAUGCUUGUGGUUGUAAGGAUGCCAACUGCAGGCUGCCUAGCUGUAAUAAAAUGAAACGUGUUGUGGCGCAUACAAGAAUGUGUAGGAGAAAGACAAACUCUGGGUGUCCUAUCUGUAAGCAGCUGAUUGCAUUGUGUUGCUAUCAUGCAAAACAGUGUAAUGAACAGAAGUGUCAAGUGCCAUUUUGCCAGCAAAUCAAGCAAAAGUUGCGUCAGCAAGAGUUGCAACAGAGGCUACAUCAGGCGCAACUCAUGAGAAGACGCAUGGCUUCAAUGCAAAGAAACUCCAAUCCUGCCCCUGUUGUAAGCCAGACAAGCCCAACACCGGCCAUUCCUGCUGCAGGAGGUGGUAAGGGUACAGGCGGGCCUCCCCCCGCAGCCAUGCAGGCAGCUAGACAGGCCCAGGAGGCCGCACAGAGACAGGCUGGCAGCAUGGGUAAAGGCAAGAACAUGGGUGGAAGCACCAUGCCUCCACCACAGGUCACGACGGGGGGCAAACCCCAGCCUCAGGUCAGCAUUCCUCAGCAGUGGCCCCAGCCCACUCAGCAGAUACCACAGCCAGUGCCCCAGACCAUGCCUCAGUCCACCUUGCCCCAGAACUUCCAGCAGCAGCAGCAGCAAAAUGCUCCCAACAUGGGUCAGAUGAGAGCUAUGCAGCAGCCCCGCAUGCCUGUCCAGAACCAAGGCAUGGUGGGCAUGACAGAUGGCGUACCUGGCAUGAAUACUGUCAUGAACCAGAACAGGGCUCAGCCAAUGAAUCAGAGACCGCCUGGCCAGGGGGCACCCAAUGAGGCACUGGAGCAGUUGAUGCGUACUUUGAAAUCUCCGACAUCCCCUCAGCAGCAGCAGCAGGUUAUACAGAUUCUGAAAUCAUAUCCUCAGUUGAUGGCAGCUUUCAUUAAGCAGAGGAAUCCACCAGUGCAGGGAGCUGGUGGUAUGGCUCCAGGCCCGAUGCAGCCGCGGCCGAACAACCCUCAGAUGCAGGCAAUGGCUGGCAUGCAGCAGAACCAGGCCCUCAGUCAGCCCCAACAUGACAUGCUGUGGCAGCAGAGGAUGCGGCCACAGCAACAGCAGAUGGGGCAGCCACCACAGCAGCAACAGAUGGGGCAGCCCCAACAGCAACAUAUGGGCCACUUCAACGCGCCGCCACCUCCGUUUAACCCACAACGAACGCAAAUGUCCCAAUACGGGCAGCAGCAGAGGUUCCAGGGGGACGGCAUGCAGUUCCAGAACCAAAACCACCAGAUGAUCCACCAGGUCCAGCAGCAUCUCAAGCAGCAGAUGGCCGGGGGCCAGCCUGUCAAUCCUCAGAUGCUGUCCCAGCAGACCUCCAACAUCAUGCAGCAGGUGCGCUCACCCCCCUCCUCCACCCUGCACCAGACAGUGCGCUCACCCCAGCCCACACCAUCACCGCGACAACAGCUCAAUCCGUCUCCUAGGCAACCCCAGAUGUCGCCGCAUCACAUACCUCCGAACCAAUCGCCCCACCCUGGCAUGCAUGGCCAAGACUAUAAUCAAAUGACAUCGGAUUCAGUGAUGCUAUCCCAGUUACAAUCUCACAAUUCUGUGCCUCAAGUUCAGAACCCAGGCCUUGAUAUGGUGCACUCGCUUUCACAGGACAAUGAAGUGAGUCAGUUACAACCACAGGAUCAAUUAUCGCGGUUUGUCGAAACAUUAUAGCAGGGCUUGAAAGCAACCGUAUUCAUGUGUUGAAGUGUGCUACACGAUAAAAAACCAAAACUUAAGUGUUUUCAUUAUCAUUCUUUGUACAAACAUUUAGUUAUUUAUGGAAGAUAGAAUUUGUUUCAUAAUGUAAUAUAUCCUUGAUUAUAACUAGAGAUUUUCCCCUGGUUUUGUUUAUGUGUUCUCAAACAAUGAACAAAGUGUCGAGCAGUGUGACAGUGUGAAUAGGAUGUUGUUAAAAUAAUUCAUUAAAGUUAUUUUAUAGUUAACAUUGUACAUAACAGAUAUCUUUUUUCAAGAGGUCAUUUUAUAAAUAUUUCGCUAUUCAUUGAUUUUGGAUACUAUUUGAAUAUAUUUUGUUGAUUAUUUCCCCCAGAAAGUCAUUGUUACAUUUAUGUACAGCAUGUUUCACGAUGUUCUCUUCAUCGUGGUGUUAUGUUGUCUAUUGUAGUUUGUUCGUCUUGUUUUAUGUGUGACCAGAAUGCAAUAUUGAAUGAGUGUCUGCUGUUGUUUCAACAUAUCUAAACAUAGUCUGCACUCUUUUAUACUAAACUUUGUAUCUGUUAAAAAUUCCAGAAAAGUUCUUAUAUUUCUUCUAUUUACUAUCAUUUGGUCUAGGGCUUCGUGAUUCCUUGUACAAGAUGUCAAGUUAUUUUUGCCUUCAAUGCAUGCUCUAUUUGUAAAACGUUUUGGUUUCAUUAAGGCUUCCCAAUUUUUUCUCAAUAGAAGAUGUACAGUCUUCAUUUAUUAUUUUGAUUGUGUUACAACUGAAGGACAAGUCUGUGAUUAGUUCUAAUAAAAUGGGGGGUCAUGUUAGAUAAUAUUGUGUUACCUGACUGUGAUUUGUUCCUCUUGCGUUAAUUAUUCCCAGCAUAAUUGUUCAUAACUUUGGUGUGCAAACCGUAUAGGCGAUUUUGAAACCACUCUUUAUCCAUCUGAAGUGUCAAGGUUUUACUUGCGCACACGUGCAUACAAUAUACAGUUCUGUAAAACUUGUCUUUGUGUACUAGUGAAAAAUUUCCAUUGUUAUGUUUCCAGAAAUAUUUUUGAGGAUGAUAAGUAGAUGGAAUCAAGCGGACAGAAAAAAGUGCAAUAACGUGGAAUUCAUGUUAAAGAAUUUUACCAUUUAUCCAGGAUUAAAUUCAUCAAUCCAUUCACUUCUCUCUCUCCUAGGCCAAGUUGAACUUGGAUUAAUUUUAGUACUUAAACGUUGUUGAGUUUUGAAAAGUUUAAAUGUUGCCACAUGUUAUAAACCUCUCUAUAUUUGUUGCUAUGUGUGUGAAAACUUAUUCCACUUUCAUAUCUGUACAUAAUUUACCAGCAGUUCAAAUUAUUUGUGGUACAGUGGACUGGUUUCUUGGACUUCUUUAUUUAUUUUUCCAACAUUUUUACCCGAUUCCAAGAAGCGCAAGAAACCAGUGCACUAUGUAAGAACAUAUUGCUCCCGUCGUAGUUAAUAUGUCGGAUAUGUUGGUAAUGUCAUGUUGAGUGCUGAUAUUGCAAAUAAUGUAAAAAAAUAAACAUUAUUAUGACUU